AUGUCCAGUAUGCGGUCAAGAAAUUCAAAGUCAUUCUUUUUACGUUCUUCAUUAUUUGUGCAAUCAGAUAUUCCAAAGUCUAUCAAGGAAAGUUUUACUGACACGGAAGCAUGGAUGUUGGCCAGCCUAACAUCACUAUACGAAAUUCGUAACAGGUGGAGCUCUUGA